AUGGCCGACAAGCUCACUCGUGUCGCUAUUGUCAAUAGCGACAAGUGCAAGCCAAAGGAGUGCAAGAAGUCUUGCCCGGUGGUGCGCUCCGGCAAGCUCUGCAUCGAGGUGACUCCCGAGUCACGCAUCGCCUUCAUCUCUGAGCAGCUCUGCAUUGGUUGUGGUAUCUGCCCGAAGAGGUGCCCGUUCGGCGCCAUUACCAUUAUCAAUUUGCCGACCAACCUUGAGAGCAUGAUUACCCACCGCUAUGCAGCCAACAGUUUCAAGCUUCAUCGUCUUCCCAUGCCCCGCCCUGGCAGCGUCCUGGGUCUGGUCGGUACCAACGGUAUUGGCAAGAGUACUGCCCUGAAGAUUCUCAGCGGCAAGCUCAAACCUAACCUUGGCCGCUACGACAACCCGCCUGACUGGGAGGAGGUCAUCAAGUACUUCCGUGGCUCUGAGCUGCAGAACUACUUCACCAAGAUUCUGGAGGAUGAUCUGAGGGCCGUUGUCAAGCCUCAAUACGUCGACCAGAUCCCCAAGGCGGUCCGCACCCCCGACAAGACUGUCAAGUUCUUGAUUGAAAGCCGCAAGUCCAUGGACAACCUGGACGAGGUCCUGGACACUCUCGAGCUGCGCCACAUCUACGACCGUGAUGUCACCCAUCUCUCUGGUGGUGAGCUGCAGCGUUUCGCCAUUGGUACCGUCUGCGUGCAGAAGGCCGAUGUUUACAUGUUCGACGAGCCCUCUUCGUACCUCGAUGUUAAGCAGAGAUUGGCUGCUGCCCGUAUCAUCCGCUCACUGCUGCGCCCUGACGACUACGUGAUCGUCGUCGAGCACGACUUGUCUGUCCUCGACUACCUUUCCGAUUACGUCUGCGUCCUCUAUGGCCAGCCCGCCGUCUAUGGUGUCGUCACUCUCCCCCACUCCGUCCGUGAAGGUAUCAACAUCUUCCUCGACGGCCACAUCCCGACCGAGAACCUGCGUUUCCGUGAAGAGAGCUUGACCUUCCGCAUGGUUGAGGGUACCGAGGAUUUCGUCGCCGAGAAGUCGCGCGCCUUCAAGUACCCUGCUAUGGAGAAGACCCUGGGUAACUUCAAGCUGCGUGUUGACGCUGGCAGCUUCUCCGACUCUGAGAUUAUCGUCAUGAUGGGUGAGAAUGGUACCGGCAAAACUACUUUCUGCCGUCUCCUGGCUGGUGUUCUCAAGCCCGAUGGCACCACCCGCGUUCCCGAGAUGCGCAUCAGCAUGAAGCCGCAGACCAUCACGCCCAAGUUCGAGGGUACCGUCCGCCAGCUCUUCUUCAAGAAGAUCAAGGCCGCCUUCCUAUCUCCUCAGUUCCAGACCGACGUCGUCAAACCGCUCAAGCUGGACGACUUCAUUGAUCAGGAGGUCAAGAACUUGUCUGGUGGUGAAUUGCAGCGCGUUGCAAUUGUCCUCGCUCUUGGUAUCCCUGCCGAUAUCUACGUCAUCGACGAGCCCUCUGCCUAUCUCGAUUCCGAGCAGCGUAUCGUCGCCUCUCGUGUCAUCAAGCGCUUCAUCAUGCACGCCAAGAAGACCGCCUUCAUCGUCGAGCACGACUUCAUCAUGGCCACCUACCUCGCCGACCGUGUCAUCGUCUUCGACGGCAAGCCGGGUAUCGACGCCCACGCCAACAAGCCCGAGUCGCUGCUCACUGGCUGCAACACCUUCCUCAAGAACCUGGAUGUCACCUUCCGCCGCGACCCUACCAACUUCCGUCCUCGUAUCAACAAGCUGAACUCGCAGCUCGACCAGGAGCAGAAGCUCAGCGGCAACUACAGGGUCCCGACAAGGAGAAGGAGCGGUCUUGAAAAGCCCUCGGUCGCCAAGGGCAACUACAAGCAGCACAACCGCCGUCCUCCCCCUCCCUUUCAAAGGGAUAAACAUACCCAUCACCAUGACAACCACUGCCAUCACCACGACGAUGCAUCAUCCUCGUACUCCGGUUCUUCUGGCGUUCUAGGCGUCCAAAAGGGUUGUUCUGGUAGAUCCCGCGGCGCCCGGGGCGGACGGGGUGGUGUAUCCGAGAUGCUGGAGGGCGACGGGUCAGAGGACGACGAUCCGGACAUUUUAUGGGAAUGA